AUGUCUUUGACUGGUUCUACAAGCGUGAUAGAAGAUUCAGCUAUAGAUUUAUGGUUGCUAAUCAAUAUGCCUGCUAUGAAGCAUCCAAUUUCAACACCCAGUCCAAGCAUAAAUGAAACAUGUGACAUUAUAAGACAUAAAGAUAUGGAUCCAAGGAGAAAAAGUUCAUGUUUAUUGGGCCCUUUAAUAGUUUUUAAAAUCCGGGAAAUAGGUAAAUUUGCAACUAUAAGACUAAAUAUGCAAAAUAGUACCAUGGAAAAUAGUAAAUGUCCUGCUGUCAAUAUAACUUCAAUAUCAGUUUUGGAAAAAGCAUGCAGUGAAGCCUAUAAAUAA